CCUUUCCACACGGAGCGAGCCGGAGAGAGGUGUCGGCGUGCCCGCGGCGCUCGGCGGGGCAGCUCUGACGUCACUGGCCGGAGGAGGGUCGGCCGCGGAUACGCACACGGCGCGGUGUCAGUAUUGGUGGCGAGCCGGGGCGGGCGGCAGCUCGGGAGGCAGCUCAGCAGGAGGGAGUCACAGGCUCAGAUCAUCAGUCGCAGAUAUGAACGGAGGCACCAAGACGGCGGCGCCCAAGAUGGAGUCACCGGCGAAGAAGCCGCGCAGGGCGACCACUUACGCGCACGAGAAAGAGCCGAUUCUGAAGGAGGGUGGCAACUACAUCAUCGAGGGCCUCGACUCGGAUAAGCUCGUCACCAUCACGUUCUCGAUGAGCCACGAGAGCGGCUCGCUGGCCGAGGCGCUCGACAUCUUCAAGAGACACAAGGUGAACCUAGAGCACAUCGAAUCGCGCUCGUCACAUCGCAGUGACGAGUACGAGUUUAUCAUAGAAAUCAACACCGAGGCACCCACCGUCGGCAAGGCACUGGAGGAGCUCAAAGACAAGUCCUCCUACUUCCAGAUCAUCUCGAGAAACUACAAAAACAACGCAGCCGCCGGCGUGGUGCCGUGGUACCCUCAGAAGAUCGCCGACCUGGACAAGUUUGCCGACCAGAUUUUGUCGUACGGCUCUGAGCUGGAUGCCGAUCACCCGGGCUUCACCGACGCCGAGUACAGGAGGCGCAGGAAGGAAUUCGCAGACAUCGCCUACAACUACAAACACGGCACGCCGAUCCCGCGCGUCGAGUACAGCAAGGAGGACGUGGAGACCUGGGGCAAGGUGUACCGCCGGCUGACGGAGCUGUACCCCACGCACGCCUGCAAGGAGCACAACCGCGCCUUCCCGCUGCUGAUCGAGCACUGCGGCUACCGGGAGGACAACGUGCCCCAGCUGCAGGAUAUCUCAGACUUCCUCAGAUCGUGCACCGGCUUCACCCUGCGCCCGGUCGCCGGGCUGCUCUCGUCUCGCGACUUCCUGGCCGGCCUGGCGUUCCGUGUGUUCCACUCCACCCAGUACAUUCGCCACCCGAGCCGGCCCUUCUACACACCCGAGCCAGACGUGUGCCACGAGGUGCUGGGACACGUGCCACUGCUGGCCGACCCCAGCUUCGCCCGGUUCAGCCAGGAGAUCGGGCUGGCCUCGCUCGGCGCGCCCGACGAGUACGUCGAGAAAUUGGCCACGUGCUACUGGUUCACGGUCGAGUUCGGCCUGUGCCGCCAAGAGGGCGAGCUGAAGGCCUACGGCGCCGGUCUGCUGUCCUCAUUCGGCGAGCUCGAGUACUGCCUCUCGGACAAGCCCGAGGUCCGCGAGUUCAUGCCGGAGAAGACUGGCGUACAAAAGUACCCCAUCACCGAGUACCAGCCCGUCUACUACGUGGCCGACAGCUUCGACGACGCCAAGGACAAGAUGAUCAACUUCGCGGCGACGAUUCCGCGUCCGUUCUCCGUCCGUUACGACCCGUACACCCAGCAGGUGAUCACCCUGGACACGCGGCCCCAGGUGGAGGAGCUCAUCCGCGACAUCAACUCCGAGAUGAAGGUCCUCCUCGACGCCAUCAACAAGUUCCGCUAGCCGCGCCACGCGCAGCGGUACAACCCACAAACUCUGGUGUGUGUAAUACUCGGUAGAUGGCGCGCAGGUGCGAGGCAAAGUUCCGGCGCGGCGGUGCGCGGGUCGGUGUCUUGUGGAGUGCCAGCGUUGUAAUGUUUUAGUGUAGACUGAGGUGUCUGUCGUCUGUGAGAUCUGAGAUAUGGUCAAGAUUGUGUCGGUAGCGCGGCAGUGCGGCCGAUUUUUUUUUUUUUUUAAUGUGGUAUGAGGCGAUUUGCGCUGGGCGCCGCCGAAAGAGUUGCCGUUCACACGAAGGGCAGGGCUGGGGCCGCAUGCAAUGUGUACAUACAUAUACAUUAUACAACAUCG